UUUGCUUUCUCCAAAAUGGUGGAACGUGCCGAAAAGGAGAACCCCAUGCGGGAGCUGCGCAUCCGUAAAUUGUGCCUCAAUAUUUGCGUGGGGGAAAGUGGUGACAGACUGACAAGAGCAGCAAAGGUGCUCGAACAGCUAACUGGGCAAACUCCAGUAUUCUCCAAAGCUCGUUACACAGUGAGGUCUUUCGGUAUACGAAGGAAUGAAAAGAUUGCUGUUCACUGUACCGUCCGUGGUGCCAAGGCUGAGGAGAUUCUGGAGAAGGGACUUAAGGUCCGUGAAUAUGAAUUGAGAAAGAACAAUUUUUCUGAUACAGGAAACUUUGGUUUUGGCAUCCAGGAGCACAUUGAUUUGGGGAUCAAAUAUGAUCCCAGCAUUGGCAUCUAUGGUCUUGACUUCUAUGUGGUCCUUGGCAGGCCAGGCUUCAGUAUUGCUGACAAGAAACGGAAAACUGGCAGAAUUGGAUCCAAACACCGUAUCGGUAAAGAGGAGGCUAUGCGCUGGUUUCAGCAAAAGUACGACGGAAUCAUCCUUCCUGGCAAAUAAUCAUCUCUUCAGUUGGUGACAUCAAUAAAAUUUAAAAAAAAAAAGUA